GCCAGCCUUCCACGACGGGAUACCACGACCAGCAGGCCUGCAUCUACAAUGGCGCGCGUCCGCGGCUCACUUCGAAGAGCACCUCAAUCUCGCUCGAUAGAUAUUCCGAGAGCGCAUCCUACCGCACACACAGAUAUGGGCGAACCGACGCUAUUCAGUCCCUUAUUUAGUUCCAUCAAAACCUAUUGGUCGAAGGAUAUUCCAAGCAGCUCUAGUAUUCCCCUGGGGUACACAGACAGCUCGAACGCCCGAGCUACAACCGCGAAACGAUGCGAUUCCGUAAUCAGCGAUCCGCCGCCGCGAGAGGAACUACCAGCAGCGCGCCACGAGAAAAACGAACUGUGCAGGGCGAAGAAAUACCAGCACCAAACACAAGACGGUCGGAAAGAAAAAGCGCUACAAGCGAGCGUCAGGAAGAACGGCAUACCGCACGACUUUCGGGGAAUCUUGCAGAUACCUUUACCCAAGAAACCUCGGAGUAAGCCCAUCCAAAGUACCGAAAGCUGCGAAAACCCGGCGAAGCGAGUCUGCUUCAAUCUACCACCUCUCCUCGUCUCUCCAGAUAAAGGACUUCAGAGCAGGGACUGCCCAGACGACAUGGAACCUCCCUCCCCGGUAUUCCCGAUCAGCUGCUCGAGCGAUGGGGCCUCCAGGUCAUCGAGCCCGCCAGUCCUAGAUCUCGAAGGUACUACUCCUGCUUUGGAUCUUCUCAGCCCCAGGCGCGUCCUAAGCUGCGAACGCGACGUGUACCACCAAGCCCCAAUCCCUUUCCGUCCACCUCCGGUGUCCGAGCCUUUGAACGUUAUAGUCGCUCAAGUUUUAGAGCGAGACCGGCUGAAUAAGGAAAUGGUGGAACCGGACCAAGCGCCUGAUUCCUCUUUCGGCAGGGGGCUCGUACGCCUUGGAAGGAGUGGUACUAAAGAGGCGGUGGAGGAGCUGAGUGCUGAUGUUUUGGAGUUGUUCGAUUUCAAUGCGGCAUGUGAGGGUUAA